CCUUCGGUGACAAAAUCUCCAUAGUUUCCAUUCAUUUCCACUUAUCCAACCCAUCUGUCCUGUAGUAUUUGAAUUUUCCAAUAUUUGUUUUGUAUAAAAUUUCCUCGUGAAAAAAUGAUAAAUAACGAUAUUUGCGAGACGCUGCUGGCCGUGAAAGAAGUAGAACUUUCUUUCGAAAGAACCUUGCGGAACAUUAACAAUAUACAACAUCGCUACAAUAUGGUUUCGUCGCUAAAAAGGAAAGCGGCCAAGGCAAAAGAAUCCUUUGAGGCGGAGAUCCAGGCAGCUAUCACAGAGCCGACACCAAACAAGGAGGCCAAUCCGUCGAGGAAGGUCCUAAAGAAAAAGAAGAUGUUACCGCUGGUGGGCAAAAAGAAGGCCAAGAGAGGAAAGAAGGAAAAAUUAACCCCGAAAGAUACAAUCAAAAAGGAUUCUAAGGCGCCCGUCGUGGAGCCCUCCUUGAUCGAAUUGGAAAAACAGCCCAGAAAGAGCUUGAAGAAAAAGAUUUUGCCGCGUAUGAAAAAAGUUAAGCAGGCAAAAAGGACUAAGCUUGCCAAGGAGAGUCCUUUGCCCGAACUUCUGCCCAUUCCUUAUGAGGAAAAUACGUUUUACGAGUUUCACAGUACUGCAACUCCAAUCGUACAUCGAAAACCAUUUAGCGAUCUCAUCCGCAGACUCUAUCGGGCAGCGCGGUGGAAGGCUCAGCAGGAGGCCAUGGAUCAGCAGGAUCUCGAGCAAUCUCCGGACUGUUUCACCUGCAGCUGCUCCUGCUCCUCUUGCUGACUGGUCUACAGAACAUAAAUUAUUCCAUGUGUGUUGCAUAUUUCUAGGCUUUUUUAAGCUUUUAAGGUUUACAACCAAAUUUUGUGCAAGUGUAUAGAAAUUGUAAAUUUAGAUAUGAUUAAAGAAGUGUUUCAAAUAAUAAA